CAUCUGAACAAUGUAUCAACAACUUCUCCAACCCGGUUAACAUCAGCUACUGCAACAUAACAAUGUUGGAUCCGCAUUACUUUGGGCAUAACUAUCACGUAACAUCGCUGGACAUGAGCUUCAACCAGAUGUUCGAUUUCCCCCCGGAUGGAUCUCCGUUUCUGUUUCAUUCGGAUCUACGGCAUUACUACUGCAAGUUUUGUGGCAUAACGGCCAUCUACGAGAUGACCUUUUCCAAACUGAACCAACUUGAGCUGCUCAACCUUCGAGGGAAUCGGAUCAAGACUAUUCCGGUAACUGCGUUCAACUACAAUCGGAUUAAUUAUCUAUACCUAGCCUACAAUCAAAUCCAAUCAUUCAACAAAAUGCACGAGCUUGAAACUAUGCAACAUUUGGUUAAGUUGGACCUAAGUGGGAAUGAAGGAUUCCAGCUCUAUAAUUUAACGAUCGAUUUCAGUGCCUUGGAGCGUGUAAUUUGUGAGAGGUGUGAAUUGAAUUCUUUAAGCCAGAAAUGGUUCGAACAAGUGAAACGGUUAAAGAAGCUGAAUCUGGAGAAUAACUUAAUAUACGAAGUUCCCAAAAUGUGUUUUUCCAAAAAUCACAGGCUAAAUUACAUAAAUCUUAGUGGAAAUCGAAUCAAAUCGUUAGACAUCGUAAACGAUCGUUUAGAAGUUUUAAUAUGUAACAAUUGUGGCGUGGAAGAAGUGCGUGAAGUUUCAUUUCAAGGUAUGCCUAAUUUAAAUGUUUUGGAGCUAAAUCAUAAUCAAAUUACGAACGUGGAGCCAACUGCCUUCACUUCGAAUGAGUUACUAAAACAUCUUAGCUUGGAUCAUAACAAUCUUACUGACUUUCCGUACAAUGUCUUAAGAACAUCACAGUCUCUUGAAUCGCUCUGCCUUGAUUAUAACCCGUUUUAUCCUCAAAAAGAGAACUGUUUCAAAAACCUCUACAAGGCAAUGAAUCUUCGAAAGAAUUGUUCUUCAGGACACAAUCCUUUAUAUCACUUUGAAAAUUUCAUCCCUGAUGUUGCUCCAGCAGGAUUAUUUUUGUACACAAAAGAUUUUCCCUCGUGCCAUGAAGCAGUGGAUAUUUCCUCCCGGAACGUCGUAUUUAUCCAUCCAAUGGCAUACGAAAACUGUUCCCAAUUCAGAAUUCUUCAAAUGGACAAAAACUUUAACUUUACAUUCCCCAAACAUCGUCCCUUUCUGUAUAGUGAAUUUCUUGAAAGUUACUCAUGCUGUCAGUGCGCAAUCGAUGCUCUCUAUCCGGAAACCUUCACGAAACUUCCUCGUUUGAAAUCUAUUCUACUAAAGUACAAUCAUCUCCACAGAAUCACUUCCCUGGACAUCCUCACCUCGCUCCACAGCCUUCAGUCCGUAGAUCUCACCCAUAAUCUGCUUGAGCUGCUUCCUGUGGAGCUUCUUUCCUCCCACAAAUUGCUUGCAAACAUCGAUCUUAGCAACAACCAGGAUCUUUGGCACCGAUGGAAUCUGCCCAUCCUUGAGCAACCCUCAGCAACCAGACUACACGCGCUCCACUGUGGGAUCAAUAAAAUUACACAAGCUACCUUCAGCCUUAUGCCAUCACUAGAAGAACUGGACAUCUCUUAUAAUCCCAUUGAAAUAAUCGAUUCCCGUGCCUUCGAGAAGCAUAGUAGACUACGAAUUCUGUACCUUAAAUGCACGCAUUUGCGCGUUAUGCCAUUCGAAGUCAUUGCACCUCUUGUACAAUUGAAGCGAUUUUGCUUGCAUGGUUCUGAUUUGUACGACAUUGAGGAAGAUAGAUUCAAGGAAAAUAAUGCAAGACUUGGAGCAUCGAUCCGGAAGCGAAAAUUGUACUGCGCAGAAGAUGAAAUUUUUUUGGAACGAUUGAGCGAAACGGCUUACAGUAAUGGAUCUGCGAGGCUUGAACGAGGUGUGGCGCUGUCAGAUGUGGUAAUUUCAUAUAUUAUCAGUAGGUUAGUUCUACAUAGUAGAUAUGUAUUAUUCAGGGUUACUUCCACUCACUUGCUAUAAAAAAAUGUUUUUCGGAAUUAUGUAAUCAUGAAAUAGUGUAAUGCUAAUUAGUACUUGUAAGUUACAAGAAGAGGUCAUGAAGUAUAUGUUUGACCCAUUAAAUCUGUCAAUAUUGCUUUCAGUGCGUCACAAUCAGCGAUUUUACGACUCGUGAGUGCUCACUCUGAGUGAACGCUCACGAAUAAUAAGAUCGUUGAUUGUGACGCUCUCAAAGCGAAAUUGACAGAUUUUAUGAGUCAAACACAUACUUUACACUCUUUGUUUGUUACUUACAAGUGCAACAUCUAAUGAUUGCAUAAUUCCGAAAAAUAUUUUUUUAUAGCAAGUGAGUGGAAGCAACCCUGUGUAUAAACAGAGUUAUGUACAAACGCGUGCCUACCUAUGAUCAACGGAUCAUGGCAUUGAUGCAGAAUUAUCAAUACAGCUGGUAGCAACAUCGAUCCGCUAGCAACAUACCAACCAUGGAGCCAACCCCAGACAACCAGAAGUCGUAUAACAAUGUACA